CGCACAUGCGCAGUUAUCUUGAACCUCUACCAAGCAGCGGACACAGAACGGCUGGAAAAGGGAUAAAAUACUCGGACCUAAAGCUGAACAAACGGGAUAUGUCCGCUUGAUUUUGGGAUAUAUGAACCAAUAGAAGAUUACGAAGGCGAGCCAAGACGUGGACAGUCACAGAGACUACCAAAUAGGGGAUUAAGUGCCUCGGAUACCGGACCUACAAGUCAUCUUUUUGCCGGAGUAGGAAGGAAGAGACGAUUCGCCAGCGGAAAAACACAUCACCGUGACACCAUGAACCCUGAAUAUGACUAUCUGUUCAAGCUCCUGCUCAUCGGAGACUCCGGGGUGGGCAAGUCCUGUCUGCUGCUUCGAUUCGCUGACGACACCUACACGGAAAGCUACAUCAGCACAAUUGGGGUGGACUUCAAGAUCCGCACCAUAGAGCUGGACGGAAAGACCAUCAAGCUGCAGAUCUGGGACACUGCAGGUCAGGAGAGGUUCCGAACCAUAACCUCCAGCUACUACAGAGGAGCACAUGGCAUUAUAGUCGUCUACGACGUGACAGAUCAGGAGUCCUAUAACAACGUGAAGCAGUGGCUACAAGAAAUUGACCGCUACGCCAGUGAAAAUGUGAACAAGCUGCUGGUUGGCAACAAGUGUGACCUGACCACCAAGAAAGUAGUGGACUACACAACGGCCAAGGAAUUUGCCGACUCCCUGGCCAUCCCCUUCUUGGAGACCAGCGCGAAGAAUGCCACAAACGUAGAGCAGGCUUUCAUGACCAUGGCCGCGGAGAUCAAGAAGCGCAUGGGCCCCGGGGCCACGGCCGGAGGGGACAAACCCAACCUCAAAAUCGAGAGCACCCCCGUCAGGCCAUCCAGUGGGGGCUGCUGUUAAAGGACCCCUCCGCCCACCCACUACGCCCUGCCCACUUCACCCAUGUCCACGCAGAUCGGUCAUCCUUCAACUACCACACCUACACCGCCCCCUGUGGAGUGGAGGAGCACAGAUUCUCCAUGACUGAAAAGGACCUCAUCUGACAAAGUAGAGGGGAAGCUUUCGAUACAGGACAACCAAAAAAUCCUGAAGAUGGGUCUGGAUUUAGUGGGCGUUUGAGGCAAGAUGACGUUUAAAUACAAAUAGACACACACCAUCCCCUUUUACACAGAAAUCUUUGCAAAAUGAUUAUUUAUUUGCAGCUUUGUCACACUUCAUCUCAUAAUAUAACAUGUUAGGCAAAUGUGUUUUACCUGUUGUAGCUUAGACAUGUGGCAGAUCUUAGGGAACUGGCAAAAUUUAUCUCUGAUUCUCACUGGACUUGCAAAAAAUAAAUAUUCGCGCUGGAUGCUCUUUCUGACGAUUCCAUUCAUCCAGGCUUGAGACUGGCAUACGCACUGUUACGAACCGGUCGCCAUCACCAACAUUCUUCACUUCUUUUUUAUCCUGUGUAAAAGGGGCUACACACACACACACACACACAAAACUAGCUGGGGGAGCGCAACGCAGGUAGUUUUUGGCCGCGUAGCUUUUUGAAGGUGGUGGGGUCUCGCUAUUUAUUGAAGAUUCGACAGGGAAAGCUCGUCCCCCGGUGAGUUUUCUCCCUGUCCCUCACCUCCUCUGCGCCCUCCUCGCUCUCCAACCUGCUUCAGUGCAUGGAUUUAAUGAUUUACACAACUCAAAGCAGCAGCAGCAGCUACAGUAGUCUAAUGCCAUGUUUCCACUCUGGUCCUAUUACUGCUUAACCAUUUUAAACUCUUUAAGAUCUGACUAGAACCGGUUCCUAUAGUGCCUGGUCACACCUCCCCACAUUUCACGCAGAGCUAAUCAUUUUCAGCUGUCGACAAACCAUGCCUUUUGUAAAUAAUUUAUACCGCACCACCCGAUAGUAACAACGUUCACCUUUGUUUUGGAAUUCACGGUGUAAAAACGCUUUGCACUGCUGAACAUUUUAAAAAUAGAUCUCGCCACUCUUGACAUCCGCAAGCGAGCGCGAACCGAGGCUGUCAGGUUUUAUCCCAGAGCCAGAAAUCUGCGGCUAAAAGGUUGGACUGACACAACUGUAUUUUAAUCUCAUGAUGGUUUUGACACUAAAUACUGUGCAAGGGCAACGGCGUACACUCUGCUUAAUCUAAUAAUAAGCCCUUAAUAGUUGUUGUGGUUUUAAUCUUUUAUUUGGGCUGUACAGUGUGACCAGUACAGAGGUGGAUGUCGUUUCGCUUGUUCGCAGAUGAAGCAGGGUGCAGACUUGGUGUGUGUGUGUGCGUGCGCGUGCGUGUUUGGGGAUAGGUUCACUGUUCCUUCCUUCCAGUUCUAUUCUCGUAAAUCUUUCGUUUUGCCUUACGAGUGGUCUGGCUUCCCCCGUUCACAAUGCAUCCAUCUUUACAACCCUGCGCUAUUGUCUUCUCACUCGCUAUUGUCUUCUGUUUAACUUAGGGCAGUUAAAGUUUGCGGAUUACCUGGGUUUAGGCGCUUUAGUGGUUCUUUCAAAUUCCGGCAUGCUAAAGUUGAACCAAGCAAACUCAGCACAAAGUAUUGACACAGUUUAACUCGUUUAAACCAGUUCUGUGGAAGAUUGUGAUUGGCUGGCUUUCUUUGCUUUCCAGUAAAAAACAAAAAUGAUUUCAUUUUGAUUUAACAUAGAUGCAUGCAAAAGUGAUACAAAUUUUUGCAUUUAUUUCGCUUUGCACUCUAGUUGAAUGUCUUUUACGAUGUUUUCUACAAAAAUUUCAAAAAGGAUUCCUUCGUUUUCCUCAGCCCCAGUGCUCUGUACACACACUAGUUGGCACAGUGACAGUGAAACCAGAGGCAAGAAUGUAGGGGGUUUCAUACACGGUGCUUGGAACUGCUCACCUUAGCACUCAGUAGUAUUUCCAGGGAGCCUUAGAGGAAUGCAUCGAAACACGGGUUCACUGACCCCGGCCCAGCCCCUCACUGCAGCCGCCGCGCUAUAAAAUACACAAACUAUUAAGGAGAGGCCCUGAAAGAGUAAUGCUAAAAUCCUGUAGUUUUGGCUUGGUUAAAUGUAAGAAGAAACAUCCACUUUUACAGAAACUGGUCAACCAGAAACUACAAAAAUUCUUGGAGUAGAUUAACUUCGGAAUUCCCUUUGUAUAAACCUCUUGUAUUCUUGGAAGCGUUGACCCUCUGAGGCUCCUGUAGAUAGAUUUUGGAGCGUUGUUUUCAUGGAUGUCGUGAAGGAACUAUUAAAAUAUUUGACACUACACAGGAGCUACAGAACCAUUGAGCUUGCUUCGUUUCAAAUUAGUUCAUCUUAUUGAAGAAUUUCCGGCAUGGCUGAAGUCUAUAUUUUUGUUUUAAUUAUCUGAUAUCACAAAUUAAGAUCAACAGUUAAUAAUUACGUCAAAUUAAUGCAGUUAUUUACAAAUCUUUCAGUAGUGAUGAUACUUUCUAGUAGCGUAUUUAGCAGCAAGCUUCAAAUUUAUUUAUUUUUUGGCGUGCGUUUCAGGGGGAGUCCAGAGUUUUAGGGACUGACUGGUCGUGCGUUAGUUGACCGGAUAUGAACUCCCGACUCUUCCCCCAUAAAUCCCCAAUUGCAUCCCUUUAAAAAAAAAAAAAUUCUCAUUGCCUUACAUUGUAGUAGGUAUCGCUUACAUCGCAGGUAUUGGAGAUAAUGACUUCCACAGUCUUGGAGAUGAGCCUUGCCCGUUGCCUUGCGUCAGCUUCAGUUUACACUCAUUUAUUUAUAGCCUUGAUUUUUGUGUCGCGUCAUGCUAAACCAGAAUGCUUGUCUUAAAAGAACAAGGGUAAAAACAAAUAAAAAAAAUAGAUAUACAAGUGGGGGAGGGAACAGUUGUGUUUUUGCGUGUUUGCAGUGCGUCAUAUGGAACAUUCCUGAGUUUUUUUGUUUUGUUUUUUUUGGACAUACGUUGGCAUCCCAGCGUUCACACUGGUCUCACUGAAGUAGAUGCAAAACAAGCAGUGUAAAAAAGAAAUAGUCACACAUGCACAUGUCCUCAUAUUUGAAUUUCAUUUUUACAGUUUGAGGAAAAAAAAGUCACAAAUCUUUGAGUAGCCUGGAAAUUAUUAUAUGUAGGGUUUUUUUUAUUUUUUACUUCCAUUAUGUCUGUAUUUGUUUUCUGCAGUUUUCACUUCUGUACCGUGUUGUCUAGUUCAUUGAAGUGUACGGGGGGACAUGGGGUUUGCGUUAUUUGAAUGUGAUUCUAAUGAAAACCGUCUUUUCAUUUUGUAUUUCCUGUGUGUUUGGGGUGUCGUCCUUGUCAUUUGCACAUUGAUUCUUUUCUUGCUGUCAGUGGAGGGGUCAGUUAUAUCUCAGAUGCCUCUCAGUCACUGUUCUUGUCUUUUCUUUCAGCUGUUUCUCUGCUGUCUCCCUGCUGAGUUUGAUCAUGUUUUUCUGUACAUAUUAUAAAUAUACUAUAUAUAAUAAAACAGUCAAACGGUCACCUUUA